GGACACAAUCGAAGGGCAAUUGUUAGAUUUGUUUGCUUUUUACGGUUCGUGUUCUGCGCCCAAGUAGUUGUUGGUUGUCUUUGAGACUUUGGGAUGGCAAACAUAAAUGAUCUGCCGAACGAAAUCCUCGAGUUUGUGUUCAGUUUACUUCCGCCCUAUCUUGACCUCGAGCAGUGUGCCGCAGUUUGCAAGCGUUGGAGUUUGCUGGCGCGCAAUGUACAUGCCCGGAAGAAGUCGAGCCUGUACAAGGGGCUCGUGGAGUUCAAUCUCUGCUGGGAGGAGAACGUGUGCGGUUCGAACCCCCGGAUUGCGGCCCGGUUCGGUCAUGCCAGUGCCAUGCACCGUAACUCGAUGUACGUGUUCGGUGGUGCGUCGUCGCACGAUACGACGUUCAACGAUCUGUGGAAGUUUGAUCUGUCACGCCGGGAAUGGGUGCGCCCCAUCGCCAUGGGCACGUACCCAUCGCCGAAGGCCGGCGCCUCGCUGGUGUGCCACCGGGACUCGCUGAUACUGUUCGGGGGCUGGCGUCACCCGUCGACCGUGCUCCAUAUGUACACCCUGAUCGACGAUCUGCACGUGUACAAAAUUCCCGAGAACCGGUGGACCAUCCACAACAACCCGUCGUACGGGCCGCCACCCAUGACGGGGCACUCGGCGACGGUGCACCGCAACAAGAUGGUCCUGUUCGGGGGCUACGUGAUGCACCAGGAAAGCCUGCACACGUCCAACGACAUUUGGGUGCUGGACCUCGAGAAGCUGACCUGGAAGAAGCCGACGGUUUCGAACCGGAAACCACCGCCCCGGUACGGCCAGUACCAGAUGGCCGUCGGUGAGGACCACAUCCUGGUGCUCGGUGGGACCGGCGGCGUCAAUCGUACGUUCAACGAUGCGUGGCUGUUGGACAUGCAGCGCGACACUUGGAGCUGGAAGCGUGUCGAGAUCCGGAACCGGAAGGGACCGCAUCCACAAAACUGGUGCUACCCGGCGUGUAACGUCGGCUCGAAGGUGAUCGUGCUCGGUCCGACGUCACCCAACGAUUUUCAGAUUAUUCGCAUAUGCCCGAACCGGAUCGUUUCCCAUCGCGAACCGAACAUUCCCAGGAACCCACCGGCGGCGCUACAGCGACCGAAUUUACCUCCUCCGGCGCAACCGGCACCUCCGGUGGCGCGCCCGGCCUCGCCCAGGAUACAGAGAAGCAACCCCGUGUUACCGUCACCACCAGCACCGCUACCACCACCAGCUGCAGCUGCGGCCGCGCCCGUCAGUAAUGGUGUCAGUGCGUCAGAACCAAAGCCCGGACCGUCGGGGCUGCGAGCGGGUGCUCCAAAAAGCCCCAGUAGCACACGGCCACUGAUCACGAUACGGCCACUGCCGCUGCACACCAUACGGAGCGCCUUUGCGCGACAAUCUUCGGACGACGAUCACUUACCGAAGCGCUUCAACCAGCAAAACCUGCCCGAGCAGAGCCACAUGGAGAUGGCGGCGUUCAGUGUUCCCCCGUCCAUGCCCCGGGCCGUCAGUUCCCGCGAACGGCAGCUACAGCAGCUGAUCAAAAUGGAGGCCAAGCUGUUCGGUGUACAGUGCGCGAAAAAGGAUGGCCAGGAACAGCCGCCGCCGCCGCCGGCUCCGGACGCACGUCUUCAGAGAGGUUCUCUGAAGACGGCGGCGGCGGCAGCGCCGGAAGUGGCGCCAGCGGCACCAGCAGUGAGCGGGCCGAGUAACGGUGCUCCCGCCGGCAACGCGUUACAACCCGUGUCGGAACCCGUGACGCCGAAGCGCUGCAAACGGAACGGUCUGGCGAUCUAUGUGUGCGACGUCUCGAACAUACUGCCGUCGGGGGGCGGCGAACCGUGGAUCGAGUGGCAAGAGUUGAAAAACAGCGGCCAGAUAGCGGGCGCACCGGACCACUACACCUUCUCGACGAUGGUCAGCGGCAACGGGGAACUGAUCGUGUUUGGUGGGGUGUACAAAAAUCCACAGGUUCGCUCGGAAAACAUGUUCGUUUCGAACUCCGUGCACUUUCUAACCGUUCCGACGGCGGUCGUUUGAACGGGGCGGCGCCCGACGGAUUUGAUUGUGUAGAUCAUGCAAAUAACAUUAGCCGUGG